AUGGAGUUUAUUGAAAACAAAUCAGGCAUAGUUGAACUGGGCCGGUCUUUCUUUUCCGCCAUUACUGUCAGAUCUCUCUCUCUCUCUCUAUAUCCCUUUAUCUCUCCCUAUCUAUCUAUCUAUCUAUUUAUUUAUCUAUCUAUCUAUUUAUCUAUCUCAGUGUGUUCAUAUCUAUUUAUCUCAGUUCAUAUCUAUCUAUCUAUCUAUCUAUCUAUCUAUCUAUCUAUCUAUCAGUCUGUUCAUAUCUAUCUAUCUAUCUAUCUAUCUAUCAGUCUGUUCAUAUCUAUCUAUCUAUCUAUCUAUCUAUCUAUCUAUCUAUCUAUCAGUCUGUUUAUAUCUAUCUAUCUAUCUAUCUAUCUAUCUAUCUAUCUAUCUAUCUAUCAGUCUGUUCAUAUCUAUCUAUCUAUCUAUCUAUCUAUCAGUCUGUUCAUAUCUAUCUAUCUAUCUAUCUAUCAGUCUGUUUAUAUCUAUCUAUCUAUCUAUCUAUCUAUCUAUCUAUCUAUCUAUCUAUCAGUCUGUUCAUAUCUAUCUAUCUAUCUAUCUAUCUAUCUAUCUAUCUAUCAGUCUGUUCAUAUCUAUCUAUCUAUCUAUCUAUCUAUCAGUCUGUUCAUAUCUUCUAUCUAUCUAUCUAUCUAUCUAUCUAUCUAUCUAUCUAUCUAUCUAUCAGUCUGUUCAUAUCUAUCUAUCUAUCUAUCUAUCUAUCUAUCUAUCUAUCUAUCUAUCUAUCACAAUCUUUCUAUCUUUUUCUCGCAUUUAUGUGUUAUCCCUGAACAUUCAUACACUUUCUCUUUCUUUCUCACAAUUUUUCACUCUUUUUUGUCAACUCCCUCUUUCUUUCUUCCUUUCUUUCUUCCUUCCUUUCUUUACCCACUCCCUUUCUUUUUUCCUUCUUUCUUUCUUUCUUUAUCCACUUCCUUCUUUCUUUCUUAUCUACUCCUUUUCUUUUUCUUUCUUUCUUUCUUUCUUUCUUUCUUUCUUUCUUUCUUUCUUUCUUUAUUUACUCCCUUUCUUUUCUGUCCUUCUUUCUUUCUUUCUUUCUUUCUUUUUUUCUUAUCUACUCCCUUUCUUUCUUUCUUUCUUUCUUUCUUUCUUUCUUUCUUUCUUUCUUUCUUUCUUUCUUAUCUACUCCCUUUCUUUCUUUCUUUCUUUCUUUCUUUCUUUCUUUCUUUCUUUCUUUCUUUUGUCCUUUUGUUUGUUUCUUUGUUUCUUUGUUUCUCUGUCUCAUGUUUUAAUCCUUUUAACCUCUUUCUCUAUUUUUCUUUCCCUCCUCCUCUUUUAUUUCUUAAUCUCUUCCCUUUUCUUCUCUAUUCUUUAUUCUCAUAUUUCUUAAUACUUUUAUCAUCUGUCUCUCUCUCUCUCACUCUUCUUCUCACUUAUUCCUUGAUCCUUUUUCAUAUUCUCUCUUUCUUUCUCCUCCUUCACUCAUGUUCUUAA